AUGGCCGGCGAGAAAUAUAUUUAUACAAUUGGAUCAGUUGCUGGAAUUCUCAUUCUUAUUGCAAAUCUGGUAUUAAUUUCUUUGACAUAUGUUAAAGUACAACAGCAACAACAGGAAUUUGUACCAAAACAUGAUUUGAUUCCUUUGGAUUGUCCUGUGUUGAUAUUGGGAGGUGGUUUUAGUGGAUCCUAUGCAGCUUAUCGUUUAGCAGCUAAGUAUAAGAAUGACUUGUGCAUAGUUGAAAGAGAAAACCGUGUUGGAGGAAAAGGCCAUGAUUUAAAUUUUCAAGGUGAAACUGUUCAGACGUUUGAAACAAGUGUGGCCCCACUAGGUUCGAUACGAUUUUAUAGAUCGCAACCUGUCAUGGUUCAACUAGCCAAUGAAUUAAAUAUAACAUCAAGUAGCUAUGCUUAUCAAUCCAACUUAAUUAAAGCACGUGGAAAAUUUUAUACUCAAUACAAUGAUAUGUGCAAUUCUUCUUACGAAAACUUGAAUUGUACAAAUGACACAAAUGGUGUAAACUCUGCUGAUCAAUUAUGGUUAGCUAUGCUAAAUCAUUAUCGUACUUCGCUUGCUAGUCUAUCCCAUUUUUCUGAUUUAGCUGCAUUUGCUCGAGCGCUUCUGGGGGACGAAGCAGCUGACUAUUUACGUGAUUCUUUUCGCUUUCGAAACGAUUUUGAGAACACUCAUCCUAGAGCUUAUAUGGAGUUUUUUGAUCAAGAAUGGAAUGUCGGUGGAGAAAUUCUGUAUCCAUACGGUGGAAUGUCUCAGUUUCCAAAAAGAAUGAUUUUAAAUGCUACAACACAAUUCGGUGCUCGCUUAUAUUUAACCGAAGAGGUGACAAGCAUUGGAGACUAUGCUGUAAAUGAUAAUCAAGGCUUCCUAUUUUCUGUACGAACAACACGAUAUGAAAUUCGUGCUAAGCAAAUUGUAUGUGCGAUUGACCCAUCCGGUUGGAAAAACAUCACAGGUUCUGUAGCACAAGAGAUUAAAUCUACUCCGCAUUUUCAAGCAAUCUUGCCGGUGAAAAUAGUAACAAUUCAAAACUAUUGGCCGAGAAGAUGGUGGGAAGAAACUCAAUUAGUUUCACCACUUGGUUCCAUUGAUCGAGCUUGGACACGUCAAAACUGUAUUAAUUUACUUGAAGUUCUCUCUGUACAGCACCCUGAAGAUCGUGAUCAAAAUUUAACUCGUUCAGUUUAUGAUGACAGUUCAUGUGUUAGUGCAUGGGAAGAAUACAUGCGCAGACCAUUGCCUGAUGAUCUUAUUGAAGAAGUAAGACGAGGGCUUCAAUCCAUUUUUCCAGAUGUUAAUAUUCCUAUACCAAGAAAAACCUUCUAUAAAAUCUGGCCAGGUGCUUGGCAUUUUCAACGACCUCAUAGUACUUUUACCAAUCGAGAGAUCGCUAAUUGGGCUUUACAACCACUACCAAGAUUUAACCAUCAAGCAUUAACUAUGGUUGGAGAAGCUUAUUAUUUAAAUCGAGCUACUUGGGCAGAUGGCGCUGCAAAAUCAGCUCUUCGAGCAUUAGCAUCCCAAUUCAAAAUUAAUUUUCCUUGUUUUGAUAACGAUGCUGCUGAAGGAACAUUUUGUGCCACAGCAUAA